AUGAAUUUGUUCUUACCACCGGCAUUUGCUGUGGCCCGUGGAACCGGAGAUCGCGUUUUUGCUUACCCUGAGAAAAGAAUUAAAACAGUGUACAACUCUGAGGACUUCAAUGAUUGUGAGAAGAAACUGGACUCGAUCUUUUUUGAAGCAUUCAUGAGGAGAUUCGAAGCCAAGAUGUUUUGCACUUUCACCAUCGUAGAGGUGGUCAAUGCUCCGCGGCAAGAGAAUGGGUUCGACUGUGGGUUGUUUGUGUUGAAGUUGAUGACAUGUGGUGGCCAUUUGGAUGAGUGUGCCUGGGGACUGAAGAAGAAGUUUGACAGUGAAUAG